CGAAAAAUUGAAAACAAACAUUUGGCAUCAAUUUACACGUCUUUUGGAAAACGAUCACAGAAAGCGAUCUGCGUCAUGAAGAAUUCGAUUUUUGUCCUUGUUCUGUUACUUUGGUGUUUCAUGAUAUCUACUUCUAUCUCAUCGCAAGACUAUUCUGACGCUGACCAAUGCCGUGAGUUGCAGUUUACGCCUGAAAAACUAUUUGACGGCAGACGUUUUAUAAACCACGUGAUUCGCAUCGUUGAAGUCAUGACAAUGAAGUUUUGUAAGAGCAUGUGUUAUAUGGAACCUGAUUGUGUCAGCAUUAAUCUUGAUAAACGAGUUAAAGGACAUGGAGGGUACAGAUGUGAAUUGAAUAAUGUUACUCACGAAAGACACGAACACGAAAUGGAGGAGAAAAUACAUUUUUUUUAUCAUGCAGCUGAGAGCGCUUGUGUUGAUAACCCUUGCGAUAACAAUGGUUCUUGUCAAAGCGGUUUUACCUACAAAGGAUAUCGCUGUUUGUGUACCACUGGAUUCAAAGGACCACACUGUGAAAAAGAUGUCAACGAGUGUCCUAAGGAAUUACACAAUUGCAGUGCUGAUGCUGUGUGCAACAAUAUCAAGGGAUCUUACAACUGUACAUGUAAACCUGGAUAUUCCGGAGAUGGAAGGACUUGCAAAGAUAUUGACGAGUGUACUGCAGAAACAUAUAACUGCAGUGCUAAUGCUGUGUGCAACAAUACUAAGGGGUCUUACAACUGUUCAUGUGCCCCUGGAUUUCAUGGAGAUGGAAACAUUUGCAGAUCGGCUUCGACAUGUAAUGAAGUCUACAAGUUGAAAAGAUCGAGCAGCAGUGGUUUGAUUACCCUACAAUUUGGAUCAGAACCAAUAUCUGUUUUUUGUCACAUGGAAGACUUUGGAUGUGGAGAUGGGGGAUGGACGCCAGUUAUGAAGAUUGAUGGCAAUAAGCAAACCUUCCGCUUUAACUCUAAGCUUUGGGGCAACAAGGCCAACCACAAUCUACCAGGAGGCAUGACUGGGUUUGACUCACAAGAGACCAAGUUACCUACUUACUGGAAUACACCAUUCUCCAAGAUCUGUCUCGGCAUGAAGGUCAACGAACAGAUUAACUUCAUUGUAAUCCAAGAGCGGGCCAACUCACUUUACUCACUAAUCGCUGACGGUCAAUUCCGCAACACCUCCCUGGGUCGUGACACGUGGAAGACACUGAUUGGCUCAGAAGCGUCCUUGCAGCUCAAUUGUAACAAGGAAGGGUUCAAUGCUGUGGGAGGUUCCAAAGCGAGAAUUGGGAUCAUCGCCAACCAAGAAAACGAUUGCAACUCCUGUGACUCCAGAAUUGGGUUUGGUAUCGGAGGGCACUCUAACACUUGUGGAAACGAAGCAAGGAUAUCGCCAGAUAAUGGAGAGAAAGACAUUAAAGCGAUGGGGUACAUCUUGGUGCAGUGAGAAGGAAAACGAUAUAUACACCGGUAUAUUUAGUAAAUAAACCCCUUCGGGCGGCUGGUAUAUCUGCUGAUAAUGUCCGCGGCUGAGAGAUUG